UUUUUUCAUGACAUUUCUGCAACUUCCCUUUCUUUAACACAUGUUAGCUUGAGACUGUGCACUCUUUUAACCAACCAUGCAGUGACUAGUUUGGCGUCUAACAAGGAUCUGAAAGUUUUGGAUUUGAGAGAUUGCAGAAACCUCGGGGAUGAAUCCCUCCGAGCCAUAAGCACUCUUCCAAAGGUAAAGACAUUGUUGCUGGAUGGCUCUGAUAUUAGUGAUGUGGGAUUAUCAUAUUUGAGACAAGUGGUCAUAAGUUCACUAAUUUCACUGUCUCUUAGAGGAUGCAAGAAACUUACAGAUAAAUGUAUCUCUGCUCUAUUUGAUGACUCUUCCAAGUUGGAGUUGCAAGAAUUAGACUUGUCCAAUCUUCCUAAUCUCUCCGACAAUGCAGUUCUAUUACUGGCAAAGAGUAGGAUUCCGUUACUUGAACUGCGCAUGCGGCAAUGCCCACUCAUAGGCGACACCUCGGUAAUGGCAUUAGCCUCUAUGCAAGUUGACGAGGAGAGGUGGCAUGGUAACGGCUUGAGGUUGUUGGAUCUGUUUAAUUGCGGUGGGAUUACCCCUCUUUCAUUCCGGUGGUUGAAGAAACCAUAUUUUCCAAGACUCAGAUGGUUGGGAGUUACGGGCAGUGUAAAUAGAGAUGUGGUAGAUGCUUUAGCUCGAAGUAGACCGUUCUUGCAUGUGUCGUGCCGUGGUGAGGAGCUGGGAGUUGAGCAAGGGGAUACUGCUGAUGAUGUUUACAUGCAUGACUAUGAUGAGAGAUGGACGAGCUUGAACGCUGGCUUGCAGAAGAUGAUUAUCUUGAUGAAGAUAUGGUGGCGGAUGAAGAUAUGGUGAAUGCAGAAGCAGUGGAGUGAUCAAACACUUAAUUUUUUUAUUAUGUUGUUGUUAAUAAUGGUUGUUCUGUUGAAACUAUAGUUUUUUAUGACAAACAUUUUAGUACUCUAAACUAUACUAAGGGGAGUGGUGAGGGUUUGAACCCGAAACGAAGCGGGAUGAAGAGAAAUUCAUCGGGACAAUCCAUCCCUUGCAAAGUGUAUCAUGUUUUAUUGAUUACCGUUGUAUGAUUUACUCCAAAUCUGUUAUCUGGACCUUUUAAUCUCUAAUUAUUUUGGAUAAUUGGAAAUAGUUUUUCACUUAAUUAU